AUGUAUCGUGCGAUCGCGGACAUGCUGGAGAAGCGGAUAGCUCCAGCGGAGAGAGAAACGGCGGUUCGUGGCCGGAAAGAGCCCUGUGACACAAUGGUUUGUCGUGGAGAUGGAGGCGCGGCGAGGCGGCCCGCUGCCAGCGCGCUCUGUGGGCAGUCGGUCUCCUGCCCCGCCCCGCCUCCGCCCUCGCCACGGUGGCCGCGGCGGCGGCGGCGGCGGCGGCAGCGAAGGGUUGAUGGUGAUGGUGAUAAUGUUGACGGUCUCGGGGAAAUUGAGGAGGGACUGACCGCGUGCAGGCGUGCGCUGGUUCCCUCCUCCCGCGGCUGCUCUGCGCUUUGCGCCUUGGGGCGUGCUGCGGAGGCCUUCUGCGCGAUUCGGCUGCGCGCCCAAACGCGCUCCUCGCAGCACUCGGCAUUGCCCCGCUGGCUAAUGGGCUUCCUUUUGAGGACGCGCGGAACGGCCGCUUAUGAGCCUGAGGCGGCGGCGCUUAGGGGAAGGUAUUGA